CCUCCCUCGGUGGGCCUUAUUUCCCCAACAAGGGCAGCAGGCGCUGGGGGCCAAGGCAGCCUCGCCUCAGUUGUCAGGCUAAAUAUUAUGAACCUGACAAUGGAAAACAUCCCUUGGACGGGAUCCAGCCUGGUCCGCCGGGGGAGGAGGGAGGGAGGGAGGGGAGGUCCGGCCUGGGCGCUGGGCCCCUCCCUGGCACCCUCCAUCCCUGCCUCCGUCCCUCCAUCCCUUCACCUGUCGCCCAGGUGCGGGGCUGCUCUUCCCGGGAGGCUGCCCGCUGGAGACCCCCACAAGUUGCCAGGGGUGAGGAGGGGGGCCGGGAAAGAGCCCCGCCGGUCCUCGGCCGCUCUGCUCGCCCUUUGCCCCUUCAUGGACCAUGGAGGGGGCCCUCCCCCUGCGCCCCCCCUGGCAAGAAGAAGGAGCCCCCCGGCGCCCCCUCCAGCUCCCCUUCCUCCUCCUCCUCCUCCUGGGCCUCUUCAGGGGGGGACCCCAGCUGGUCAGCCCCGAGAUCUGUGAGAGCCUGGACAUCCGCCUGGAGGCUUCCCAGCUGCGGAGGCUGGAGAACUGCACAGUGGUGGAGGGCAGCCUCCAGAUCCUGCUGAUGUUCACCAGCAGCAGUGAGGACUUCCGGCCACUCAGCUUCCCCCGGCUGGUCAUGGUCACCGAGUACCUGCUCCUCUUCCGGGUCUAUGGGCUGGAGAGCCUGCGGGACCUCUUCCCCAACCUGGCGGUCAUCCGGGGGACCAGCCUCUUCUUCAACUAUGCCCUGGUCAUCUUUGAGAUGCCCCACCUGCGUGAUAUCGGCCUCUUCAGCCUGACCAGUGUUCUGAAUGGCUCGGUGCGCAUUGAGCGCAACCAGGAGCUCUGCCACAUCUCCACCAUCGACUGGGGGCUCCUGCAGCCCCCCCACUCCCUGGAGCAUAACAUCAUCUUGCACAAUAAGCCUGUGGAGGAGUGCGCCGACGUGUGCCCAGGCAUGUUAGGUGUGGAGAAGCCCUGCGUCCAGACCCAGAAGGGCCUUGGAGGGGAGAUGGAGUACCGCUGCUGGACCUCCAGCAACUGCCAGAAAGUGUGCCCCUGCAAAGUAGGGGGAGGAGGAGGAGGAGCAGGUGCCCCUGCUGUGGCUGCUGGCACUGAUACCGCCGCUGCUGCCUGCACUAGCGCCGCCGAGUGCUGCCACCCGGAGUGCCUGGGGGGUUGCAGCCGGCCCCGGGACCACCGCACCUGUGUGGCCUGUCGCCACUUUGAACUGAACGGGCGCUGCCUCCGCUCAUGCCCAGAGCUCACUUACGAGUACGAGGGUUGGCGCUGCGUGACUGCUGAGCACUGCGCCAGCCUGCGCAAGGUGUCAGAGAACCCCCGCGACUCCUCCCAGUUUGUCAUCCACCAGCGGCAGUGCCUAUCCGAGUGCCCCUCUGGGUACACGAGGAACGACAGCAGCAUUGUCUGCCACAAGUGUGAAGGUCUCUGCCCCAAGAAGUGUAAAGUGGGCACCAAGACCAUUGACUCCACCCGGGCAGCCCGGGACCUGGCUGGCUGCACCCUUGUAGAGGGCAACCUGAUCAUCAACAUUCGCCGUGGGGACAACCUGGCCUCCGCUCUGCAGGGCAGCCUUGGCCUUGUGGAGACCAUCACAGGCUUCCUGAAGAUCAAGCACUCCUUUGCCCUCAUCUCCCUCUCCUUCUUCAAGAACCUCCGGCUGAUCCGAGGGGACUCCAUGGUGGACGGGAACUACACGCUCUAUGUGCUGGACAACCAGAACCUCCAGCAGCUCUGGGACUGGCGCCACCACAUGCUCGCCAUCCCGGUGGGCAAGAUGUACUUUGCCUUCAACCCCCGGCUCUGCCUCUCAGAGAUCUACCAAAUGGAGGAGAUCACUGGCACCAAAGGCCGGCAGAACAAGGCAGAGAUCAACCCUCGGACCAACGGGGACAGGGCCUCCUGCAAGACCCAGACCCUGCGCUUCAUCUCCAAUGCCACAGAGUCGGACCGCAUCAACCUCAAGUGGGAACGCUACCAGCCGCCCGAAUACCGGGACCUCCUGAGCUUCAUUGUCUACUACAAGGAGUCGCCUUUCCAGAACGUGACAGAGUAUGUGGGGCAGGAUGCCUGUGGGGCCAACAGCUGGAAUGUGGUGGACGUGGAGCUCCCCCUGAGCAAUGACCAGGAGCCCGGGGUGAUCCUGCAGAGCCUCAAGCCUUGGACCCAGUACGCCAUCUUUGUGCGGGCCAUCACCCUCACCACCGCAGAAGAGGGCAGGAACUACGGGGCCCAGAGCAAGGUGGUCUACAUCCGCACCAUGCCAGCAGCCCCGACUGUGCCGCGGGAUGUCAUCUCCAUGUCCAACUCCUCCUCACACCUGAUUGUCCGGUGGAAGCCACCCACUCAGCCCAACGGCAACCUCACCUACUACUUGGUCUUGUGGCAGCAACUGGCAGAAGACUCGGAGCUGUUUGUUAACGACUACUGUCACAAAGGCCUUCGGCUGCCCACCAGCAGUGCAGACACCCGCUUUGACACGGACGAUGGUGAGGGACGUGGGGACGUGGAAGAUGACCAGUGCUGCCCAUGCCAGAGCCCUGUCGGGCAGACCCCGCUGGGGGCCGAAACAGUCUCUUUCCAGAAGAAAUUUGAAAACUUCCUCCACAACUCCAUCAUCAUCCCCAGGCCUCCAUGGAAAGUCACGUCCAUCAACAAGGCCUCCCACAGGAUCCCCAAGAGGCGCAGAGAUGCUGCUUCCGCACCAGGGGCUGGACACCUCUUUGCCAGCCCCUCUUCUCCAGAUGUUCCGCGCAACGCAGCUGCCCCCAAUGCCACGGAGACAGACCCAAAGGCCCGGAAGGAAUUCCGCAUCUCUGAGGACAAAGUGGUGAGGGAACGGACGGCCAUCAGCAGCCUCCGCCACUUUACUGAGUACCGCAUUGACAUCCACGCCUGCAACCACGCUGCCCAGACCGUGGGCUGCAGCGCUGCCACCUUUGUCUUUGCCAGGACCAUGCCAGAACCUCAAGCAGACAACAUUCCCGGCAACAUCACCUGGGAGUCGGCUGGCAAGAACAGUGUCCUCCUCCGCUGGGAGGAGCCUAGGAACCCUAAUGGGCUGGUCCUGAAAUACGAGAUCAAAUACAGCCGGGAAAACGAGAAGGUCGUCUCGGUCGUGUGUGUCUCCCGCCACCGCUAUGCCCGGUAUGGGGGCUACCACCUUGCCCUUCUCCAGCCGGGAAACUACUCGGCUAAGGUGCGUGCCACUUCGCUGGCAGGGAAUGGGUCAUGGACGGGGCUCAUCAAGUUUUACAUCCUUGGGCCGGUAGAGGAAGAGGAGGCGGGGAACGUCUAUGUGCUCCUGACGCUGAUGCCGGUGGUCCUGAUGGUGGGGAUUGCGUGCUUGGCCAUCUUUGUCUUCUUGUACAACAAGAAAAGGAGCACGGAGGGGUACCCCAGUGGGACCCUCUAUGCCUCUGUCAACCCCGAAUACUUCAGCACUUCCAACAUGUACCUCCCGGACGAGUGGGAGGUGCCCCGGGAGAAGAUCCAGGUGCUGCGUGAACUGGGCCAGGGCUCCUUUGGGAUGGUCUAUGAGGGGAUCGCCAAGGACAUUGAAGGAGAAGGCCAGGAGACCCGGGUGGCCCUCAAGACGGUCAACGAACUGGCCACCAUGCGGGAGCGGAUCGAAUUCCUGAACGAGGCCUCCGUCAUGAAAGCCUUCAGGUGCCACCAUGUGGUACGGCUCCUUGGUGUGGUCUCCCAGGGCCAGCCGGCCUUGGUCAUCAUGGAGCUGAUGACACGCGGGGAUCUGAAGAGCUUCCUCCGUUCCCUCCGGCCAGAAGCUGAGAACAACCCUGGCCUGCCUCCCCCCACGCUGAAAGAGAUGAUCCAGAUGGCUGGCGAGAUUGCCGAUGGCAUGGCCUACCUGAACGCCAAGAAGUUUGUCCACAGGGACCUGGCGGCCCGCAACUGCAUGGUUUCGGAGGACUUCACGGUGAAGAUUGGAGAUUUUGGCAUGACCAGGGACAUCUAUGAGACUGACUAUUACCGCAAAACAGGGAAAGGUUUGCUGCCUGUCCGCUGGAUGUCUCCAGAAGCCCUAAAGGACGGCCUCUUCAACACUCACUCGGACAUUUGGUCCUUUGGGGUGGUGCUGUGGGAGAUUGCCACCCUGGCAGAGCAGCCCUACCAGGGCAUGUCCAACGAGCAGGUCCUGCACUUUGUCAUGGACAGCGGCGUCCUGGAGAGGCCAGAGAACUGUCCUGAGAAGCUGCAUGAGCUGAUGACCUGGUGCUGGCAGCAGAAUCCACGCCUCCGGCCCUCCUUCACCCAGAUCCUGGAGCGCAUCAAAGAGGACAUGAACAGCAGCUUCCGCACUCACUCCUUUUUCUACAGCCUGGAGAACAAGCACUGCAGCUCCUGGGAGGCUUUGGAUGCAGAGACAGACCAGCUGCUCAUGACAGAAGUGCCUGUGCCAGGGGCCCCCGAUGGUCCCCUUCUCUCUCUGGGCCCCUGCAAAGAGAAGGGGCCGGCAGCAGACCCCUGCCCCAAUGGGAGACCCAGCCAUUGAGCCAGGAGGCUAGACUGCCACUGCUGGCGCCCUCAGAGCCUCCUGCAAGGGACAAGGACUGCCACCAAGGCAAGGGGCAUUCCCUGUGGAGCAGAAGUAGCUGCGAGACAAUCUUUGGCUUCUUCCCUACCCUUUUUGCCUUGAAGGCACAGCAACCAGGAGAUGGUCCCUCUCCUUUUUGCUCUUGCGCUCUGGACGCUGCAGCAGGUGCCACGGCGUCUCUCUGCCUCUCCAUCUUCCCCCUUGUGCCUGGUGCUGCCAUUGCCAGCUGUGGCUUUGGGUCUCAUGGCAGACAUUCUACCUGGGCUGAUCUGUUUUGCAGAGAGCCAGGCGGCACACACGGCGGCUGCCAUCUUACGCUUCCAUUCACCUCAGACUGACAGUUGCAAUUGAGUUCCCUUGGGUUACAUUGGCAGCCUCUGUGCGUGAAGCAGGAGCUCCAGGGCCAAAUGACUGAACAGCAGGCCAAAGGGCAGCACCAGACAUCUGGGACCCCUGCUCCAGGUCCCCUCGGUUUGGGGCAUGGGACCUGGAAGAGCAUCCCUCCCUCUUCCCUCCUUCCCUCUUCCUCAGGUGAGUGCUGGCAGGGUGCUUUGGCCAUUUGCACCUGUUGUGCCACGAGAUGAACACAGAAUAAACCUUUUUUCUUUGUAU